CUCUGAUUGAGGAAAUAAAAGUGAACAUUGGAUUGAAUAGAACAGCCACAGUCUCUGAACUGUCGUCCUUACCCUAAUAUCUCUCUGUGUGAGUACCCUGUUCACCGUAUCUUUCAUAAAAUGUUGGUCUUCUCAAGAGUUAUAUACAUCAUCUUGUCACUUCUUCUUUAUUCUGAAAGUACCUUUAUAGGUCCAGCAUUGUACAGGAGACCAACAAUGUGUGGAAUGUAUAGUCCUCUAGGAAUUUGUACCAGAGAGUAUUAUCCAGUCUGUGGAACCAAUGACCGUACUUAUUUCAACAAAUGUGCUUUCUGUAUUGCAUACAGACAAAGCCGUGGUUCCAUUAAUUUGGCACAUUAUGGUAAAUGCUGAGUUUUCGAUGGAGCUGCAUCUUCCUAUGGAUCUUAUUAUGAUCACAGUUUUGCCUGAAGUCUGCAGUGGACUGGAGAUUUUGUCAUCAGGUUCUCACAGUCCUAGAAGAUUGGAUGAAUCUGUGUAGGACACAGGAUAGUAGGCUGGGCUGUCAUUGCUCUUUUCACUCCUGGGAUCCUGGGAUUUCAAUGUUUUGCAUUCUGUAGUCAGCCUUUUAAUGACACCUAAGAAUCCAAAAUUUUAAUAUAUACAUUCUGUAUACUGACAGUUUAAAAUAAUCAAUAUCUUAGUUGUAGUUCUUAA